UCCCGUGUGAAAGCUCGUUGCUGAUUCACCCUCCUGCUUCGGCACAGCCCUGGAAAGUUACCUCUGCCAGGCAAAGCUCUGCGAAAGGAAAGCAAAGAUGAAAGUCUGUGCUCCUUUCGCUCUUGUCUUGGCUUUGACUCUGAGCUGUGACUGUUCAAGGAUGCACCACAGAGCUGGGGCACGAAGCGGCUCAAAACAUGAGUUCACUCGCCCACAAGUGUUUACAGAGGAUGGAAAUUUAUGUAAAUUUCCUUUUCGGUAUGGUGGACGGUUUUACCACUCGUGUUUAUCAAAUCUAUUUUCCCGAAAGAAAUGGUGUUCAACAACACACAACUAUGACCGUGACAGGCAAUGGGGAUACUGUGCUUCGUUACCUAAAGACUACUCAGAUCACUGUGCAAACAACCCUUGCCAAAACGGCGGGACCUGUUUUUUUGCUCAUGGCCAUCAGAUGUACCACUGUGCCUGUCCCGAGGAAUUCACAGGAAAGGACUGUGAGAUGAAGAAAUGUUUUGACGACAGUCUCCAUGAGUUCUUCGAUAUGGACAUGAGCUGGUCAAGAACCCAACAAGGAGUGGUGGAGCAGUGCGUCUGUGUGGAUGGCCACACUGAGUGCCAGCAGAUUGAACACCAAAGUUGCAUUCAAAAUCCUUGCCUGAACGGUGGUGAAUGUAAAAUGAUUACCUUCAAUAGGAAAAUGGUCUGUGAUUGCAAAGGAGAUUAUGUAGGAAAGUACUGCAAUAUUGUGCCUAGCCAUCGCUGCUAUCUUGGCAAUGGUACAGACUACCGAGGUACCGCGAAGACGACAAUUUCGGGACACAGCUGCUUGCCCUGGAAUUCAGAUUUACUUUACCAAGAGCUUCAUGUCGACAGUGUCGAAAAAGCAAUAUUGCUAGGCUUGGGACCUUUUUCUUACUGCAGAAAUCCAGAUGAUGAUGAGAAACCAUGGUGUUACAUCAUGAAGGACAACAGUUUGUCUUGGGAAUAUUGUAACGUUCAAUCUUGUGCAAGCAAGGAAAGGAGGCCACCAGCUCCAGAUACUGUGGAUACUUUUGCAAUUGCCAGAAGACCAUGUGGGAGAAGACACAAAAAAAGAAGUUUUGUAAGACCCAGGAUUGUUGGGGGAUCUUCAUCUUUGCCUGGAUCUCAUCCCUGGACAGCAGCUAUAUAUAUUGGAGAGAGUUUCUGUGCUGGAAGCCUUAUUCAGACUUGCUGGGUGGUCUCAGCAGCACAUUGCUUUGCUAACAGUCCACCAAAGUCCACUAUUACAGUAGUUUUGGGUCAGCAUAUAUUUAAUAGAACGACUGAUGUAACACAAACAUUUGAAAUAGAGAAAUAUAUCUUGCAUCCUCAGUAUUCGGUGUUCAACCCUACUGAACAUGAUAUUGUUUUGAUUAAGCUGAAGAAGAAUGGCCAGCGUUGUGCCGUCAAGUCCCAGUUUGUCCAACCGAUCUGCUUACCGGAAAGUAACACCGUUUUCCCUGAUCAGUACAAAUGUCAGAUUUCUGGAUGGGGACACAGGCAUGAAAAUGUGUCUGGUUAUUCAGAUGUUCUGCAAGAAACACUGAUACCAAUUAUUCCUGAGGAGAAGUGCAGAAGCCCUGAAGUUUAUGGAACAGAAAUCAGUGAAAAUAUGUUCUGUGCUGGAUACUUUGAUAGCAAGUCUGAUGCUUGCCAGGGAGAUUCUGGUGGACCUCUGGCCUGUGAUAAAAAUGAAAUCUCUUACCUGUAUGGAGUUAUCAGCUGGGGAGAUGGCUGCGGCAGAGUCGACAGACCUGGAGUAUAUACGCGAGUGACCAACUAUGUAAACUGGAUUAACGAGAAGAUAGCCCCCCGAAGAAGCACAAGUUGAACACACAAACAUGCUACCAUUGCAAGCAACGUUCAGCAGUCUUUCAGUUUCACUCAAUUGGCGUGAAUAUUUUAUCAUAAAAUAAUAUGAAAACUGUCAUAGUAAUUUUUUGCAAUUUCAGAACUGACCCCUGAAAGUAGGCCUAAUCCAGCUGAUGUUAGUGUCUUUGAUCUAGAAUUGUAGGGCUGUGGACAGCUCCGUGUACGAGCCUGUCUUUAUUUGGCCUAGUGAUAUACAAACAUAUCAAGAAAAGUUUACCAAACCCACAACUGUUGAUGUCUGCCUGGUGGGGUGCAUGAAAAGAGUUAUUUGAGUGUUUUCACUCAGUUUCUGGUGGAGGUGUCAGACCUUAUAAGCAGCCCAUAACAACGUUGUCUUUGUAUCCUCAGCUGAGUUUAAGAACAUGAAGAAAGGAAAAGGGAGGAGCACCGAGAAUGAAAUUCCCUUCCCCUUGGAAGCGAUCUCUUAAAGUUCAGGUUGAACGACACCAGCCGAGUGAUAUAGAUCAAGCUGCUCCCCAGCUAACUGCAGCAAACCACUUCUGGGGAAAAAACAGAGGAUUUAGGUUGUGAUUCAAUGAAACAUGCUAGAACAUUUUUAUGUUCCACUGACACAAAAUUAGGGCUGUGCUUCAGAGUGCUGCUGAAUUUGGUCUGCAAUUUUCCAGCACGGUUAAUGUAACACCCCCUGAGAGCACAAAGUUUAUUACUGAAAAAUACUGAAAAUCAGUGCACCUGGUUUCAGACGGCUAUAGUUAGGACCUUUUGCAGACCCUUAUCAGCUGCUCCUCAUCCUGAGGACAACAGUGGGAAUACUUCACCUUGACAAUAAAUACUUCUAAAUAUUUCUUAAAUUUGACACUGUUUUAAAGAUGUCUUAGAUCUUGUUCUGACAAAUUGUUUGACUGUUUUGAUAAUUCAGAAAGGUGGGUUCUGUUCUAGAUUUUUAAAAUGGAUGGCUGGGGUGAAGAGUUUCGUAAUGCUUUGCUUGCAUGGACCGUGGAAUUAUUAUGGGAACAAUCAAAGAAGUUAUUACAAUAUAUAGCUGAGGGCUGUGGCUGUGUGCACUGCUCUGUUGGCAAAAAAGGCAGAAACUGCUUUAAUAUUAAAAGAAAAAAAAGACUCAUCUGAUAAAGAAGAAUGGAAACUUACAACUUUUUAAAUACAGGGAAUCUUUGGCCAUGUCAGUGAUGUAUAUUUGGAAGUGCUGAUGUGAAAUGCUUUUAUUCUCUAAUAGUGAACAUUUUUGAAUUGUCUUAAGUGUUUCAGGCAAAGCUAGUUUUCAGGAUAUAGAAUUUAAAAGUGAUGAUUGGAGGCUCAGAAACGUAUUUUCUGGUAGUACCAGCAGUAUCUUCAUGGGUCUCUUAGUUGUGGUGAAUUAUUUCUGUAGCUAAAAGAAACUUUGUAAGGAAAAAUAACCAAAAACUGAAUUUGUGUAAGGGCAAAGAUAUAACAAUGUUAAUCUAGAUAAAUUAUGUAAACUGUUUAAUAAAAAUGUCUGUGGUCUGUUUCUUGGA